GUGACAGUCCAGGUGCUUUUCGAGGACGGAGGCUCGAGAGAAAUGUUCGUAUUUGGGACGUUUUUAAAAAAAUGGAUUUGACUCAAGAGGCAAUUUUAAACAUGCUAAUAGAAGGGGGAGGAAAGGUGAAAAACUCCGAUAUACUGAGCAAGUUUAAAGGGACCCUAAAUUGCAGUGAUCCGGCAGAGAAGAAACAAAACAGAGAUCUUUUCAAGACGAUUGUGAACAACAUUGCAGUUGUGAAAGAAUUCCAAGACACCAAGUAUUUAGUCCUAAAGAAAGUUUAUCUGCAUUUGCUAGAAUUCUCUGAGGAUAAAAACACCCCAAAAGAAGAGGAUAAAGAAGAUGGAUCAAAUGCAGUAGAAGAUUUCCAAAAUGCACAGCAGAACAUUUUGAGCAGAUCUUCCUCAAAAUCUUCAGACAGCACCGUGGUGGGACCUUCUCCUAUACAUGUUGCAUUAGAUAGAAGCAAGAAUGUGGACCUAACAUCUAAAUUGUUUCAACAUUUCACCGUUCCUCUCAAAUCUGACCCUGAUGACUUGGACAAACAUGAAGCAGUGUGCCCUGCCAAGAAAGAGGUGAGAACAAACAAACCGUAUGCGCUGCCUUUACGAAUGCCCCCAGCCAACAUCAGUCAUCAUUAUAACACGAAAACCUCCAGCGAGCACUCAGGAUCUGUCAGUUACACCCAAGAGCCUCAUUCCUCACCUCAAAGUAAGUGGGGACGAUCAACAGACAGUGUCGCCAGCGUUGACGGCUCCCCACAGGUGAGAAGACAUUUCAAGACCCCUAAACAGUCUGACGAGCCCAAGUACUCGCACCAGUGCCCGCUUGACUUCCUGGAACAUCAGUGGCUCGUGAAGUCUGCGGCCAGUCAAUGGAGUCAGGUGUACGGCCUGCUUCUGAUGGACGUUCGGCUUGCAGAGAAGAAGGACUUCAUGUCUGGUUUCACGGCCCUACACUGGGCUGUCAAGUGUGGAAACAUUGAAAUGGUCUGCAGAAUUGUUGACUUGUCGAGGAAAAGUGACCGUGUGGUGGACGUCAACGCCAAAUCACAUGGCGGCUACACGCCACUGCAUAUCGCUGCUAUACAUAGUCAACUUAAUUUAAUUGACCCGCUAGUCCAAUACGGUGCCAACAGAAACCUUAGGGACAACUACGGGAAGAAACCGUACUACUAUCUGCCCAAAGAGGUUCCGAAGGAGCUGAGGCAGCUUCUAGGGGAACCAAAAGCCAUCAACCGGGAGUUGCGUCAGGUUCGGGAGGACAACGACCCACAAAAACACACAAUAAGCCACCUCUUCCAGCAGCCCCUCCUGGUGGGUCUCAAGAAGAAGAAGUCCAGAGUGCCGUUCAUCUCCGUGACUGAAGAGUCCAGAGAGGAUGAGCCCAUGCCACACAAACAGAGGCUAUCGGAUGUGUUUCACUAAUUUUCUUAUGGUAACCUGUUUGGGAAACGCAAAAUCAAUGCUCAGUUUUCAGUAUAGGUAUAUAAACAAAAUACACGUUCAAGCAAAUCUUACAUAUUAUUUUAAUCAUCCCUAUUAUGUGUGAUAUUUUUAACUUGGGUUACAGAGGUUAGGAGAACAUUAGGGCAAUGUUCCCCAAACCUACAAGAAAUGUUCCAUUUCUGUAAAAAAAAACGUUUUAGAAAUUUAAAUUCUGGGAACAAAAACGAAUGUUCCCAGAACGUUCUGGGGACUGAAAAUUGUUAGCUAAUGUAUUAAAUGCAGAAAUGAAUGACUGAAUCAGAGACUGUAUCUAUGAAUCGGCCUUAUGUGUGAUUCUAAAUAAAUGGUGACAUUCAAAAGAUUACAUAGCACACAUACAUCACCCAGAUGUCUAUUUGAUGUGUGUUUACAUCUGGAAGACAUAUAUCUGGAAGACAUAAUAGUCUUAUAUCAUUUUCUUACUACUUUCCCAUGUAAACAGAGCUAUAGUUCUGAGAGUAAUUAUGGAUGAUUGAAAAUCAUGAGAUUAUUGAAAAGGAUUAUACAUUUAGCAAACGUUAAAGUAUGAGUGCUGUUUCUCAAUGUUGGAGCAUAACUCUUUGGGAGUGGCCAAACUUGUUUUAAUUGUCUGUUUAAGCGUCAGGAAUGUUUCGAAGGAAUGUAGUGUGAAAAGAAUCUUUAUUACAUGACCUGAACUGAUUUGAUCUGAACGUUUCUGUAGAUGCUCAAAAUUGAUAAUCUUAAUUCAUACAGCCUUUGGUUUUUAUCUUGUUCAUUUACAUACAUGUGUUUGCAUCAUGUAUUACUGAUCUAUUUUACUAUUUAUCAUAAAUGUACUGUAUAUGGGUCAAUUAUGUGAUUUUUGCAUUUGUUCAUUUAUAUAUGCAUUUUUUUUUUUUUUGGGUACAAGUAAUUCUUUCACAUUUAAAGUAUUUAAAUGUCAUGUGGUGUAACUUUUUUUUAAUCUAUUUAUAAGCACUUUAAUGUUUUCAUACUUGAUAUUUUGUUUUUUUAUUGCUGAGCAAAACCCUGAUGCAGUUUCAUUAUAAUUUCCAUUCUGGAGUCAUAUCAGAAACCCUAUAAAAGCUGUUUAAAUUUAUAUGGAGCGGGUCGCCUCCUCAUGGACGCUGCCAUGUUGAUAACCAUUAACACUGUGUCAUGCAAUGGUUAUCAGUGGUACCGAUGCUGGCAUGGUAUUGAUAAAUAGGAGUGUGAUCCACCAGACAGUCCAACAAAAUGAGUAAAAGUGGAAAGAUAUAAUAUCCAAACGAGAAGUCCCUGCUGGAGUGACUAGACAGCUACGACAUGGGAAUAAUGAGUUGUUGUCCAAUAUCUGUUUCUUUGUCCACUCUAACAUUUUCUUUUUGUUUUUCUUUUUCAGAAGUGUCUUUUUCUUUGCAAUUCUUCCCAUAAGGCCUGCACCCCUGAGUCUUCUCUUUAUUGUUGUACAUGAAACUGGUGUUGAGCGUGUAGAAUUCAAUGAAGCUGUCAGCUGAGGACAUGUGAGUUCUGAGGGCGUUCUGCACUCGGGCGAGGCGUGCUGACAGACACAGCAGUAGACUGACCACCCGCUCCAGGUCUCCUAUAAACUGUGUGUAGCGCUCUUGCUCAGCGGAGACACAGCUCUCUCGC